AUCGUUGGUUGGCGCAGUGUUGAAGUACGUUACGCUCGUGCGUGAGGGUCGCUUGGUAACUUUUUGGAGGAUUUCCUUGUGACUUUCUUUGCGGAAAACGCACGUUUAAACCGAUGGAGGUUAACGGGUCAGACGCGGAGGGUGUUAAAUAUUAUCGUCUGUCAGAAGUGGAGGAGCGGAACUCUUUUAAAAGCACAUGGAUUAUCAUCCAUAAUAAAGUAUACGACGUCACGAAGUUUCUCGAGGAGCACCCUGGAGGAGAGGAGGUGUUACGAGAGCAGGCGGGUGGAGAUGCUACAGAGAGUUUCGAAGACGUCGGGCACUCCACAGAUGCCCGGGAGAUGGCCAGUUCUAUGCUUAUAGGAGAGCUUCAUCCAGAAGACCGAGACAAACUAGGCGGACCACCAGAAUCACUUGUAACAACUGUUCAAGAAACAACAAGCUGGUGGUCAAACUGGUUGAUACCCGCUAUCGCUGCAGUUAUCGUCACGUUGAUGUACCGUGUAUACACAGCAGAGGAGGCAUGAUGGGAUGCUUUUCCUUCUAUAAAUGCUGAACUACAAUGCCCAUUAUCUAUUUCAGGUUUUUCCAUAACUAUAAAGAUUUAUACUAAUGAAGGCAGUUAAUUGUGUUAGUUUCAAUGUUUUGUUGUCAUUUAUCCCUUGAGAUAUAAAUACAGAUGUUUCUUAAGAUAUAUGGAAGUAUAUUUUAGAUCUACUACAAGCAUUAUAAAUAUGUGUACUAAAGAUGAAGUCUUGAUUGUCAAAUGGUUUUGCUGUUGUGUACCACUUUUUCAGUCGCCCACAAUGAAAUGAGAUAUGUCGAAUAAGCUGUAUAUUACAACACAUAAACAUGUUUUGCACCUCAAAGAUA